GAGGCUGGGAGGGAGCGGGAGGAGAAGCGCCCGGCCCCGUUCCCGACGGUCCGAAGUAGUGCGGCGCGGGGCCGGCACGGACAUGGCGAGCCCGUGUUUUCCCAGGCAACACGCAAAGACACUGUGGUAUGACCGCCCACGGUAUGUUUUCCUGGAGUUCUGCGUGGAGGACAGCACAGAUGUUCAGGUUGUCAUUGAGGACCACCGAUUGGUGUUCAGCUGCAAAAACGCAGAUGGAGUAGAAUUCUACAAUGAGAUCAACCUGUAUGCCAGGGUGAACUCCAAGGACUCACGAGAGAAACGUUCUGACCGCUCCAUCACAUGCUUUAUGAGGAAGUGGAAGGAGAAAGUGGCCUGGCCCCGCAUCACCAAGGAGAACAUCAAGCCAGCCUGGCUCUCCGUUGACUUUGACAACUGGCGAGACUGGGAAGGGGAUGAGGAGGUGGAGAGGGCCAUGGUGGAGGAGUACGCAGAGCUCCUGCAGAAGGUGACGGACAAGGCCCCCCCCCCGACCAUGGAUGACCUGGAUGACGACCUCUGAAGCCCAGCUCCUCAUAGACAGCGCGGCUCCUCAAAGCCCUCCCCGUGCGCCAGCAGCGCACAGCAACGAGCCGGGACACGGGCGAGGAAAGCGGAGCCCCGAGGAACGACGCCGGUUUGCGGCAGAGUGCGGCGGACCCCAAAGCACGGCGGCGAGAGCUGCACGCUCUUCCAGUGCCGAUUACGCGCGGGGCAAUAAACGCGAACCGCUGCCGCGA